UGAUCAGCUGUUAAUAACGUCAAAUGGAAACGAAGGAAGCCAUAUUGAUUUUUUGAAAGAUGGAGUGGAAGGUGUGGUUGCUAUUACAAUGUUUACCGUUUUAGAAAUUUUGAUUGAAAGUAGUUUAUACAACUUUUAGUUGUUUUUUUUUACUGUGCAUUUAUAAUUCAUAUAAAACUUCAGAUGAAGGAAAUAAGGUGAGUUGAUAGUUUGACUGGUCAUAGAAUGACCAGUUGGGCAGAAAGAAUGCAUCGCAGGGCUGCCACGUUUAGUAAUGUAGUUACAUCAUGCGGACAUCCAACUGUUCCUUAUCCGAGGAGACUUGAAAAGGUGAAGUUCGGCGUGCCGCUGGACGAGGUGUGCAAGAACGACAUCCCGGGCCCACUGCUGGUGCUGAUCCUAAAGCUGAACAAGGAGGCGCCGAUGAAGAAGGACGUGUUCCGCGCGCCCGGCCACCAGGCCAACAUGAAGAAGCUGGUGCACUUCCUGCAGGCUGGCCGGCUCGUCAACAUGGACAACUUCUCGGUCUACACCAUCGCUUCCGUCCUCAAGAAGUUCCUGCGCAAACUGCCCGGCGGCAUCUUUGGCGGCCGCCACAACGAGCAGCAGCUGUUUGCCGCCGUGCUGCAGGAGGCCGUCAGCACCAAGCAGCAGUGCGCAGAGAUUCACAAAUUGAUAGCGACACUACCGUUGCACACCCAGCGGCUGCUUGUGCUGCUGUUCGGCACAUUCCGCGUGAUCUCGACGAACGCAGAGCGAGCGCGCACCGGGAUGACCAGUGAGGCGUUGGGCGUAUCAGUGGCGCCCAGCUUCUUCCAGAGCUGCGUCAGCGACGGAAAGACUGCCAAAAUGGAAGAUGUUCUAAGAUAUAAGGUAGCUACAAGAAUAAUGAAAUUUUUCAUAGAUAAUUUUGGAACUUAUGAUUUAUUUGGAAGAACCAAUUACGAGUUCUAUGCGCGAAUCACUGGACGGAUAUUGAAAGUGCAGGAUGACUGGAUAUUUAGCUUUCGUUUUCCUUCGGAAAUAAUUUCUAGUGAUCUGUCGAAUGACACCGAAAAAACGUGGUUGCAGUAUGAGUGCGAAAGAUGGGGAUUGCGCUGCUUUAACCUUGAAACAAUGUCGCACCAGGAGGAAAGCCAGAGUACGCCGGCGCUGAUCCAGCUGCCUGAUACAAUGGACGACGUCGCCUGCUGCAGUUCGCUCAGCAUCAUCCCCGAGAACAACCUCCUCGAGAGCUGCACCCGCCUUUCCAUCAGCUUGGAGGAGAAUGGCCUCUUCAAGGGCUCCAGUCGCUCUUCGUCGAGUAGUGCGACGGCGACCGCAAGUCACAGCCACCACAUGACCUUGGAUGAGUUGCGCGCCGUCAACCGAUACGCAGAGAGCACCAAAAGUCUGUCCUACUUGCCGCAGGUGCACGAACGGCAGACAGCCAGAAUGAGGACACGAUCCGAGUGGUUCUUGAACCCGAGCGGGAAGCUAGGCCACAGCAUGGACAGUGAUCCCACCUCCAUGCACAUACUCAGGGGCUCCAAUACGCUCACUCUCAGCUCCUCCGGCAAUAUUUGCUGCGGCACAACGAUGGGUCUGAGCGCUAGCGCCGAGUCGGUGUCGAAGCGACCGAGCAUCAUUCGCCGCAACUCGAGUCGCUCGUCGCGUCACGCGCGCGGUUCGUCGCGACGCCGCAACAAGGAGAACGGCGCCAACAAGGGAGCAGUCGCUGCCCCUCCGUCGACCCCCGGGGGUGGUGCCCCACCUGACAAUCACCUGCACCUCUACAACCCGCGCAUCUAGUAGAGCGCCCCCACCCCCACCAACUCUCUCUCAGGGAAUUCAUCUCUUACUGUUGUGUUCGCUUGCUCGACUAAAUUCAAUUCAAGAUUCUACAUUCAGCAAUGAUGUAUUGAUGUCAAACCGUCAUUGAAAGGAAGGAAAGCAUUGAUAUUAUAAGGUAUGCUGUGAAGAAAAUAACUUGUGGAUAAUUAUGGUGUAAACAUAGCUUCACUUGGCAUGCUCUAUUCCCUUCAGCAUUGAUUGCAAGGCAGGUGUUGAUGUUAUUUGUGAGGACUGCUGACUUGAAAGUCGGCAUUUAUUGAAAGAGAAGCAUUUAUAUUACCAUAGCCAUCUCUAAUACAAGGCCCUGGCCUACGA